AUGCAUUGCAUGCUGGACAAAUUACCAUUGGAGCUUCUGGAGCUCAUCUGCGACGAGCUCGAAACUCAGGAUCUAGCCUCUCUGCUGGGAACAUGUCGCCAUACAUACAACCGAACGAUCCACCGCCUAGCCCAACGCUACUCGGAGAUCCACCUCGAUUUCUCCAAGGGGAGCCUCAGUCAAAUCCACGCGAUCGCAAAUAACGAGAUCAUGCGACAGCAUGUUCAGCGGUUGGUGGUCAUGGCUCCCGAACCGUUUCUCGGGCGCAAUCUCGAAUGGCAGCGCAGCGCCGCGGGCCAUAUUUUCAACCCCCUCGAAAAUCCCACCAUCCGACAGUUCCGCAACAAUCUGGUCGACAGGCUGGUCAAUUGCCGAUCGUUCGUAAUCUCACCACUAGGCAACCAUCUUGCGCCCAGCGAAGACGAGAUGGAUGUGUCCGAUGACCAACACUUCACCCCCGACGACGCCGCGAGCAUCCUGCUUGACAUUAUCGCCGAUACUGCUUUGCCCGUGAAGCUAUUCUGGUAUGGCAGGGGAACGAACUAUAGGUCCGAACUCAUGAACAUUCAGAGAUUGCCAAAAGCGCUCUUGCUCAGUCCAGGCUUUCGUGCCGGAUGGGGAUCGCUCACAAACCUCCAUCUGGCGCACAAACUCACACCACACAACUAUUCCUUCCUUUUGAAUAUGCUGCUCAGCACGCCGAAUCUUCGGAAACUGUAUCUCAGUCUGACACCUAAAGACCUGGCAAUUGAGUUCUACUCGCAUGUCGCCAAAUCGGAGUGUUUAUCCAGCCUGUUGGAAAGGAUAUCGCUCUGCUGUACGGCUAUUCGGUCGUCAGAUCUCAUGCACAUCCUCAAUCGGUCUCGACAUACGUUGAAGCGGUUGAUCCUUUCCGACGUUGGGGGCUUGUCGGCGAGCUUAUCCCAGUUGCAGGACCAGUUGUCUGGCUUCCCCUGCCUGGAGAAUAUAGACCUGAGCAUGUGCCAAUAA